AUGGAUAUCUUGGAGAAGCUCGGUAUUCUCGCCGCAAAACCUGGUAUCAACGGGACGAUUUCUACCCCAACUAAUCAGCAAACCAAACUUGGGGAUAUGCAAACCCAAACUCAACAGCAGCAUCAUUCUGGUGAAGCUGGCCCUGCCCACGGACGGAACUCGGUUUACAAUCAAGAACAUCAGAACCGUUUCUAUCAUCACGUCUCUCAGCCUAACGGCGUGAACGGAAAUAUGAGGGAUUCCAACGUUCAAGCUAUAACCCAUGCGGUUGGUGGACUGAACUUACAGAACCAGCGUUAUGCUGGCAAGUUUGCCUCUUUCAAGGGAAAUAUCCAUGCUUCCCACGGUGCAAAUGGCGAUAUGUCUGGCAUGCAGCGUCAAUACAAUGGGCAAUACUUGAUAGUGCCUAAUGGAAGUAUGUUUGGUGGUGUACCCGCUGCAAAUCAGUAUGGACAACGCCAUGUUCAGGCUACUGACCAGCAUAAUUCAGUGCCAUAUUUACCUGCGGGAUUAUACCCGAACUUCGUGACUGCUCCACCAGUCGUUCCCGGCUCUGUGGCAGGGUAUACCUGGCCUUAUGCUCUGAACGGCGAGGCUCCCGAACUCACUGGCCAUCGUCGGGAUUCUUGGUCCUCUAUCGAGGAAAAUCAUCCGUGUACUCCAGGGGUUGAUCAAGCUGGACAGCAAGAGUGCUACCCUGCAGUUGCACCCAUGGAUCGUCCCCCAAUGCUCUACAAUUAUGGCACUCCAUCUCCAUCAAUGGUACCUGCUCAACCAUAUCUCCCGCUCCAAAUGAUGAAGGGUGCCAGCGGCUAUGUUCUGCAGGACCUCGAUGCGUUGACGCAACAGGAUCCUUCCAUUCCUCGUGCAGUGCCUGCCAUGUGGACCAACCCCUCGGAUCUUACUCUAGCCAAGUGUUUGGAGAACAGAGAGGGUAUCACCAAUGUUUAUAUUCGGGGGUUUUUACCUGAAACUACUGAUGAGAUGUUACAUGCUUACGCAUCUCGGUUUGGAAAAAUUGACCGUUGCAAGGCAAUUGUUGACCUUGAAACUGGCCUUUGCAAAGGAAAUCUCGUAAUUCUCGACUUAAGGAUCUUGAAGAUAAGAGUUCUACUAACAUAUAUUGCACCAAUGUUCCCAUCGACUGGGUUGAAGCGGUUCGAGUCUCGCGAAAUUGCGGAAAAAGUAUUAUCUGAGUUUCACAACGUCACAGCUAAGGAUGGGGUUAAGCUUCUCCUCCGCUUUGCAGACACGAAAGCGCAGAAACAGCUGAAAUUGCAGAGUAACGAACGUCGUGCGUAUCGUGCUGGUGAAUACAACUAUUCAGUCGAAUUGGUCAAUGGUUCUACCCCGUCGCCAACUCUUCAGCGUUUGCAACAGACAGCUUCCCACUUUAGUCCAAACUCACAGGCUAGCUUCCCUUCUCCAUUGGGGCAUGGCCCCGUCUGGACGCCAGCGACGUCAAUAUCCCCACCUGGCCCAAUGAUGAAUAAAUCCGUGAACAGUCUUCGUCUUAACUCCUGGGGAGCACGUAGUAAUGGAAAUGUGGAGAACACCCCGACCUUCCGCGGUCGCCCGGGUCUCAGUACUCAAGAUUCAUAUGGAGAUGGCCUUUCCACAGAGUCUUCUAGAACCGUUCUCCCCGUUUUAGGUGGCGUGACAAGAUCCGAGAAUUCUAGCCCUCGGAAAGAAAAUCACCGUGCAGGAUCUACUUCCCCUCUUGGUUGCCGAAGGGAAAUUACUGUUGCGACCCCAAAAUCAUCCACCUAG